AUGGAGCUCGAUUUGCAGCACCUGUGGGUGUACCUGGGGCUGCUGGUGGGUGGCGGUGUCGUCUACGCCCUUGGCAUCGUCGUCUACAGGAUAUUCUUCCACCCGCUCGCCAAGUACCCCGGCCCGCUCCUGGCCAAGGUCACCGAUGCCUACCAGCUCUACCACGCCUACAAGGGCGACCGGCACCUCGAGUUCUGGCGCAUGCACCAGCGCUACGGCAAGAUUGUGCGCUUCGGCCCCAACUCGCUCUCCUUCAACUCGAACCAGGCCCUCAAGGAGAUCUACGGCUUCCGCUCCAACGUGCGCAAGGCCGAGUUCUACAACGCCUUUGUGCACCCGGCCGCCAACACGCACAACACGCGAGACAAGGAGGUCCACGCCCGCAAGCGCCGCGUUCUGUCGCACGCCUUUUCCGACAGCGCCAUGAAGGAGAUGCAGCGCUACAUCCUCGGCAACGUGCGCACCUUUUGCGAGCAGGUCGGCAUCGUCGACGGCGGCGCCGUUGCGGAGAACAAGGGCUGGACCAAGCCCCGCGACAUGAGCCACUGGUGCAACUACCUGGCCAUGGACAUUCUCGGCGACCUGAGCUUCGGCAAGGCGUUUCACAUGCUCGAGAAGCCCGACAACAGGUUCGCCCUCGAGCUGGUCGAGGCGGCCACCACCCGCCACCUGAUUUGCGGCACCAUGCCCGUCGUCGACAGGCUCAAGAUCGACAAGUUCCUCUUCCCCAAGCUGGCCGCCGGCCGCGCCCGCUACAUGGCCUACAGCAAGGGCCAGCUGACGGAGCGCACCAAGCUGGGCGAGGAGACGGACCGCCGCGACUUCUUCUACUACCUGCUCAAGGCCCGCGACCCCGAGACGGGCCAGGGCUUCAGCACCCCGGAGCUCUGGGGCGAGUCGAACCUCUUGAUCAUUGCCGGCUCCGACACCACAUCCACGGCCAUGGCCGCGACCCUCUUCUACCUCGUCCGCAACGCGCGCGCCCUCGAGCGGGCCACCAAGGAGAUCCGCGGCAAGUUCAGCGACGUCGAGGAGAUUGUGCACGGCCCGACGCUCGGCAGCUGCAGCUACCUGCGCGCGUGCAUCGACGAGGCGAUGCGCAUGUCGCCUUCGGUGGGCGGCAUCCUCCCGCGCGAGGUGCUCCCGGGCGGCAUCACCAUCGAGGGCCAGACGCUGCCGCCGGGCACCGUGGUCGGCACGCCGCACUACACCAUCCACCACAACGACGACUACUACCCGACGCCGUACAGCUACGUGCCGGAGCGGUGGAUGGCGGGCGAGGCCAACCCCGUGACGGGGCGGGCGACGACCGAGGACGAGGUGGCGCGCGCGCAGAGCGCCUUCUGCCCGUUCAGCGUCGGCCCGCGCGGCUGCAUCGGCAAGGGCCUCGCGUACGUCGAGAUGACGACGACGCUCGCCCGCACGCUGUACAUGUACGACCUGCGCAAGGCCGUCGGCGUCGUGGACCCGGGCGAGGGCCGCCCGGACCUGGAGUGGGGGCGGCACCGCGUCGAGGAGUUCCAGCUGGUGGACACGUUCACCAGCGCCAAGAAGGGGCCCAUGAUUGAGUUUAGGGCCGCCGCGCAGAAGGCGUAA